UGCACCGUGAAGCUCUUAGAAACAGUUUGAAUAAUACUAUAGGCAAAACCAACUGGAAUUUAUCACUUUUUGCAUAAAAUUCCACACACAGUCAACACGUAAGGUCAACAGCGCGGCCCGACAAGGGGAGACAGGACCGUGGGGACCGAGCCUGUAAGUAGACGCUGCUUGAGUUAAGUACAUGGACUGACCACAACAACCAGGGACCAGACCCCCCUGUCCCUCCAGUAAGACCUGCAACUUCACAUUAUUCUAUAUGAACUUUGAAAGAAUCUGAACGUGCCAUUUCGUUUUGGAUUCCUGGGACUUUUGGCACACCUUUACGCACGCCUGCGCAGCACUCUGUGACUGCCACACGCUGCUUACUGUGAUUGUGAGAGAAAGUUUCAAUCCGGGCCAUGCUGCAGUGACUUCAGCCCGCUGCUGGGACUUCAUGAUCAAGUUGUAAACAAGCGAAGAAGGAUGCUUGGAAAAUAUUUAUAACACACCGACCGGAGGAGAGAAAAUCUUUUCGUGAUACUUGAUCGAGCAGAACCGAGGACAGUAAAUCACAAGGAGGCAAGUGGACUGCAGAGGUGAAGCGAGGACAAGACAGGUUGGUGUCUCCAAAUUCACCGGGCUCGAGUUUCAGCCGCCCCGGGGGCUCCUGGUAUUAAAGCGUGCAUUUGACCUGGGAUAAGUUGUCAACAAGAGCAGCGAGUGGAGGCAAACUGGCAGGUGUACAAGUUCAUUUACAUGCAUACGUAUAUUCACGCCACUAUAUAUAGAAGUUGUCUUAGGAACGAGCAGCCUUAAUAAGUUUCUCCACCCACCCGCCGGCCCUGCAGCAGCUCCACGCACCGGGCGUGUGCGUGUGUCUAUAUAUACACCAUACAGGCUUUUAUUCCUCUUCGCAAUCUGUAUCCAAGAGGGCUGCCCGCCGUCGGUUUGGCUGUGAGGGCAGGAGUCGUCGCAUGGACUGACAUGGCCACCGACCUCGCCAUGAGCGCAGAGCUGCCCAACAGCCCUCUGGCCAUCGAGUACGUCAACGACUUUGACCUGAUGAAGUUUGAGGUCAAGAAAGAGCCACCGGAGGCUGACCGCUAUUGCCACCGCCUCCCGUCCGGCUCUCUGUCCUCCACCCCGAUCAGCACACCCUGCUCCUCAGUGCCUUCCUCGCCCAGCUUCUGCGCCCCGAGUCCGGGCGCGCAGCCCAACCAGGGCCUCGCCAGCGGCGUCAACAGCAGCGGGAGCAGCAACAACAGCAGCGGCAACAACAAUCAUAGCAACGCAGGCAAGCCUCAGCUGGAAGACCUGUACUGGAUCCCCAGCUACCAGCACCACAUCAACCCCGAGGCGCUUAACCUGACCCCGGAGGACGCGGUGGAGGCCCUAAUCGGCAACGCGCACCACCAUCACCACCACCACCAGGCCUACGAGGGCUUCCGCGGGCAGCAGUACGUCGGGGAGGACCUGUCCACAGCCUCGGCGGCCCACCACCACCAAGCUCACCACCACCACCAUCACCACCACCACGGCCACCACGCCCGCCUGGAGGACCGCUUCUCUGACGAGCAGCUGGUCAGCAUGACGGUGCGGGAGCUGAACCGGCAGCUGCGGGGCUUCAGCAAGGAGGAGGUGAUUCGCCUGAAGCAGAAGAGACGCACCCUGAAGAACCGGGGCUACGCGCAGUCCUGCCGCUUCAAACGCGUGCAGCAGAGGCACAUGCUGGAGACCGAGAAGUGCACCCUGCAGAACCAGGUGGAGCAGCUGAAGCAGGACGUGGCGCGGCUUGUCAAGGAAAGGGAUCUAUACAAGGAGAAGUAUGAGAAGCUGGCCAGCCGGACCUACAAUGCCGGUGGACCUGCGAACACAAGAGAUCCGUCUGGGAAACAGGCCAACACUGAGUUCUUCAUGUGAGAGACUGAUGAUUUGUAGCAUAGACUCUGAAAUACACCCCACCUAAACAUCCUUCUUACAUUAAUUUAUAUUUUUCUGCGUUUGUAUUUUGUUUACAGUUAUUCCCCCGACAGAAAAGACUUUCAAACUCAACAUCUUAACAAAUAAGCAUUAGAUGCGCACAGACUUAACCCUUUUGCGCAUUUUGAGUCUUAAAGAUGUUUAGGCUAAACUUCUGUACGCCCGCUGCAAGCUGUCAGGUGGGCACAUGGGAUCACUUAGCCUGUAGACUUUUCUCUGGUGCAACAGACCCUAGUCAGAAGUCUUACUGAACCAAUAUGACUGUCUUAAUUUAGAGAGAGUGAUGAUUUUGUCUUAAAACUGGGGCAAAGAAUGAUUUUUUAAAGAAAAGAAAAAAGAAAAAAAGAAAAUCUGAAUGAACUGAAACAGAAGCAGAAGAAGCAAUACACCUCCUCUCUUUUCGCUCCAGAAAGCUCCAAAGACUGUUGAUGUGAAAGAGAGGCGGUCUGUGAUGCAGAGAGGAGACCUUUCAAUAAUGCAAGUCUAAUAGACCCCCAUCCCUAUUUGCAACCCUGCAUGCAGGACAUGUAUGGUAACUUCCAGUCAUCUCCCACAGUCCUCCCACAUAUGGAAAGCAUGACCCGUGGUUCUCUCCUCCUCGAACGCUUCUCCUUCUCCUCCUCUGCCAUCAGUAAGGCCUGGGUAUGCAAAAAGCCACAGAAAUGUUUCCCCCUGCCUCCCACUAUCCCCGAGAGGUGCAAGGACUGCGGACAAAAAUGCAAAAACAAUCUGCUACUGCGAAAAAUGGAUGCGUCUUUAACUUGCUAUUUUCAAUCAAUUUUUCUAUUGUUUUAAAAAGAAAAGAAAAACGACAAAAAGAGAUUAUCUGAGCCAGAUUUUAGACUGUAUUUAUUUCCACGUGUACAUAAUGUGUAGAGAAAAACAGUUAACUGUGUUAUUUUACCUUCUCUCUUUUUAAAGAAAACUGCUUUUGUUGCUUGGAUUAUUCGAAAUGUCUUAAUACAAAUGUUUGUAUGUUACAGCAUGCAAAUCGUCUAUGGUAUCCUCUUCCUCCUACUGAACAUGUGUAAUGUCAAAGGCAAGCCUAUACUGCACUAAGAAGAGAUCAAACUGGACUUUUGUUUUCUACUCAUAGGACCUUUGAUCUGUUACUCUCUUAAAAUCCUGGAUGUAAAUUUGAUGAGGCGAAAAUCCUCAUUUAAGAAAUGGACAAGGACUGCAUUCGCUGCUAAAACUCUAUGCAUCAACCUGAUGAUUAAAAAAAAUAAAAGUUAGUUUCAUUAUUCUUUUUUUUUUCUUUCUUUUUUUUUUUACUUUAAAUAUUUGUAGACAAAAAAUGUAGCCUGUGGGUUCAUUCUGCAGACCCGUGUCUUAAUAAGAUCCUGUGUGUGAUAGGAGGAUGCUUGAUUGUUAGAAAAGAGAAGACUUUGCCUGGUGGUAGAGCUUACUGUUCUUGGAGUAACUCGAUGCAUUAUUCUGUCAACAAGAAAUCCCUGGUUCGUGUGUGUUCUGCUGCCUAGAUAUAUGUGCAAUAUUGUGCAGAAGUGUCCGAUGCUCAGCCUACCUGUUGGAGGACGAGACGUGCAGGAGAGACUGCAAAUCUUCCAUUCACAUCCAAAAGCCAGAGAAAAAAAAACAAACGCAAAAUGCAACAAUAAAAUUGAGAUUACUAAUUAUUUGCUUUUCCCCAAAAAUCUUUUUUUUAUGCGAUCUAAAACAACAGCUAUCAGAAAUGUGACUUCAUUCUUGCGACCAAUUUUCAAGUUAACCUCUUUGAUUUAUUUCUGUAUUCUUUUUAUUUUUGAGCGAACAACAAAUUCUCCUCGGUGACUUUCUUUGUUUUAAUUCGAUUUUUGGGAUCAAAUGUUGCUAUUAUUAUGAUUAUUAUUUUGUACAACAACAACAAUAAUGUGAACUUAAAGGGAAUAAAUAAAAGGGAAAUAAAAACAAACUUCUGCACAGUGCUGUAAAUGUAUAUCUGUAUAUAUGAUUUCUAUAUUUAUUCAAUGAACGUGUCCUGACGUGUCAACAAGUGAAAACCCUACAAAGUGGAUCGUUGUUAAGAAUCUUGUUUUCAUAAUGUUUAAUAAAAAGUUCUGUCCCAAA